AAACGUCCGAAAUAAUUGAAAAUGGCAAAAUGAGUUCGUCAAGAGCGCCAAACAUAUUCAUUGCUUACCGCAAAAAAAUGAUGAAAAUUAAACCAGAUAAUAUGACAAUGCCGGAAUACAGCAAAAUGAUUGCAGAAUU